GUUCUUCGUAUUCCAUUUCUAUCACAUUUGAAACUCUCAAUCUUUCUUUCUCUUUUGCAAGCUAGCCGUAUUUGAAAGGGAGGCGAAGACUGACCUUUUUCUUUCUUUUGUUUAUUAUAUAUUUGUCAAUCUUUCUCUCUAGCUUUCUAGACAAACAACAUCACUCUGUUUUCUGUGUUUCCAUUCUCACAAUGAGAUCCAUCCCCUAGCCUUUUUCACCGGUCGUUUUUAUAACUAUACGGCUUUUUGCUGAAAAUCCAGGAAAAUAAACAGAACUCGGCCAUGGCUUGGUGGAAGAAAGAGUCUCAUAGAGGCACUCCUGUGGUUGUCAAGAUGGAGAAUCCAAACUGGUCAAUGGUCGAACUUGAAGCCCCAUCUGAAGAUGAUUUCUUAAUCUCGAAUGACAAAAACAAAUCCCGCAACAAAAAUGCCAAGCAACUCACUUGGGUUCUUCUUUUAAAAGCUCACAAGGCCGCCGGUUGUUUAACAUCCAUUGCCUCUGCAUUCUUCUCUCUCGGUUCCCUCGUUCGCCGCCGUGUCGCCUCCCGCCGCACCGACGCCGACACUGAGAGGGGUAGACAGACCGAGAACCGAGCUUCGAAGAGCAGGUUUUAUUCCUGCAUAAAGGUGUUCCUUUGGCUCUCAGUGCUUUUGUUGGUUUUUGAAAUUUCGGCUUAUUUUAAAGGCUGGCAUUUUGGUGCUCCAAAACUACAACUUGAAUACAUAUUUACAAGCCCAUUAAGCAUCAAGGGGCUGUUUGAUUUACUGUAUUCUCGAUGGGUUUUGAUUCGCGUGGAGUAUCUGGCUCCUCCUCUUCAGUUUUUGGCAAAUGCGUGCAUUGUUCUGUUUCUUAUCCAGAGCUUGGAUAGACUUGUUUUAUGUCUGGGUUGUUUCUGGAUCAGGUUUAAGAAAAUUAAACCUAUUGCCAAACAAGAUGACACCCCGGAUCUUGAAACCGGUGACAAAGGUUUCUUUCCGAUGGUUCUGAUUCAGAUCCCUAUGUGUAAUGAAAAAGAGGUUUAUCAACAAUCAAUUGCGGCAGUGUGUAAUUUAGACUGGCCAAAAUCAAAGAUUUUAAUUCAAGUGCUUGACGAUUCUGAUGAUCCAACCACUCAAACUAUGAUUAAAGAGGAGGUGCGGAAGUGGCAACAAGAGGGUGCUCACAUUGUGUACAGGCAUAGAAUAAUUAGAGAAGGGUAUAAAGCUGGUAAUCUUAAGUGUGCUAUGAAUUGUAGCUAUGUCAAAGACUAUGAAUUUGUUGCCAUUUUUGAUGCUGAUUUUCAACCCACCCGUGAUUUUCUCAAAAGAACUGUCCCUCAUUUUAAGGAUAACGAGGACCUGGCUCUGGUUCAAGCAAGAUGGUCUUUUGUGAAUAAAGAUGAGAAUUUGUUAACUAGGCUGCAGAAUAUAAAUUUGGCAUUUCAUUUUGAAGUAGAGCAGCAAGUAAAUGGUGUGUUUUUAAAUUUCUUUGGGUUCAAUGGGACUGCUGGAGUUUGGAGAAUUAAGGCUUUGGAGGAUUCUGGUGGGUGGAUGGAGAGGACUACUGUUGAGGACAUGGACAUUGCUGUCCGUGCUCAUCUUCAAGGUUGGAAAUUCAUUUUCCUCAAUGAUGUCGAGUGCCAGUGUGAACUGCCAGAAUCUUACGAAGCUUAUAGGAAGCAACAGCACAGAUGGCAUUCUGGACCGAUGCAGUUGUUUCGGUUAUGUUUGCCUGAUAUUAUCAAAUCCAAGCAGAUCAGCAUAUGGAAGAAAUUCAAUUUGAUCUUUCUUUUCUUUCUCCUUAGGAAACUGAUCCUACCCUUCUAUUCUUUCACCCUUUUCUGCAUAAUUCUCCCAAUGACAAUGUUUAUCCCAGAAGCUGAGCUUCCAGCUUGGGUUGUGUGUUAUAUUCCUGCCACCAUGUCAUUUCUCAAUAUUCUUCCAGCUCCAAAAUCCUUCCCAUUCAUUGUCCCUUACCUUCUUUUUGAGAACACAAUGUCAGUCACCAAGUUCAAUGCCAUGAUUUCUGGCCUAUUUCAGCUUGGAAGUGCAUAUGAAUGGGUUGUUACAAAGAAAUCAGGUCGUUCCUCUGAGGGUGAUCUAAUUUCUUUGGUAGAGAAAGAGCCAAAACAUCAUAAGGGGGCCUCAGUACCCAAUCUUGAUGAAGUGAAGUUGGAAAUGAAACAACAGGAACAAAAAGCUUCUAAAAAGAAAAAGCAUAAUAGGAUAUAUAUGAAGGAGUUAACUUUGGCUUUCCUUCUAUUAACAGCUUCAGCUAGAAGUCUCUUGUCCGCUCAGGGUAUCCAUUUUUACUUCUUGCUAUUUCAGGGGAUAUCAUUCCUGUUGGUUGGUCUAGACUUAAUCGGUGAGCAGGUUGAUUAAUCAGGAAGUUAGAGAGUUGGUAGGAUAUGGAUAAUUUAAGCAUAGCUUACAAAGGGAGGACACGAAAUGCGAGUAUCGCCAGAAGAGAACAACCGUGAGGAGAUUGUCGAUGAUUGAGAGUUCUUUCUUUCUUGCUUGUCCCCCAUGUCCAAAAUCCGCUACCACUACCCCAUACGAAAAGAAAAUUGUGUUAAUAUGAACUGAAGAAUGGCCAAAGAGAGAGACAUUAGACACUGGUGAUGCUCUUCAGUCAUUUGUAAGGUUCUCUUUUUCUAUUCUGUUCUUUUGUCUGUGAUUCUUUUGUUUUUGAGUCAAUUCUUUUGUAAGAAAAAAUGUCGUUCAAACAUCAAACACGAAUCUUAGUAGUUACAGUAGGACAAUAGUUUGAUGGUUUUCUUCUUUUUCGGUAAAUUGAUGUGAGAAUGUUGAUUUAAUUUUGGAUAAAUUGAGCAAUGGCAGAAAGAGGAAUAAGUCUCCAGUUGCUUUA